AUGUCAGCAAAAAUUGAGAAUUGUUGUUCGAUUUGCGAUGAUUCGGCACACGGAACUCAUUUUGGAGUGCUUUCUUGCCGAGCAUGUGCUGCAUUUUUCAGGUAAAAUAUUUGUGUUUCUAUUGUUGGGAAAAAAUGAUCAAUUUUAGGAGAACAAUCGUGAUGAAGAAAAAAUAUAUCUGCAAAAAGAAUCAUAGUUUGAAACAACAAUGCAAGUUCUGCAGAUUUCAGAAAUGUUUGAAACUUGGAAUGACCGAUGAUAGUGAGUUUUUUAGAAGAUAACUUUUAUCCUUAAAUUAAUUAGCCCAGAUUCUCAAACUUUUUCAAGAAAAUGUUUCCGCCGGUCUUCAUUCUUGUUGCUGAAGUCUGUGUCCUACAGUGAUUUCUCAUAAAAUUUUAUAAAAUGAUAAUAGUGAAAUUGGGUUUUUUUUUGAAAACUGAACUUUGUCAGUUUAUGGAAAAUUUCCAACAUUGAAAAUCUUCUGUGAAUUAUAUAGGGCGAUUUUUGAGCAAACAAUUGAAAUUUAUUUAUCAAAUUCAUUAUAUAUCUUGUAAUUAACAUAGUUUGAGUAUAAUUACCACAAAAAACUAGAGAUUCUGUAAAUUAUUUCGAAAAAUUGGGUGAUGACCUCAUCCAGUGCAAGAUUCCAAUCGAUUUGUAUUUUAAACCGUUUGAGAACAACUCAAGUCACAAAAAAUCACAUAACAAAAAACAAACUUCAAAAAACGAUAAAAAAAUAAAUAAAAAUAUAAAACAUAAUUUCGGCUUUAUUAUUACUAUCAUCAAGCGACUUAUUGAUGAAAUAACUUUUUUUUCAUUUUUAAAUCAUUUUUUCACCAAGAUACUUGUCCAUUUCCACAAAAAACCCAAUCCCCCAAAGAUAACCAUUAUUGUCUCAAACAACACAUGCCUAAUUCAUAUUUCAAAAAAAAAAAAGAAAUAUUAUUUCUCCCGACCUCCAAAUUUUUAAUUAAAAGAUUCUAAAAACUUCCUUUCAAAAGCAUCCUCAAAUGCAAAUCAGUUUUAUAAAUUUCGAACUCUACAGAACUCCCUCCGACUAAAACUUCACUUCUCAAUGGAACCCAAAAAAAAGAACUAACCUUUGAAAUUUCGAUCGUUCCUCGAUCGUCUCAUCGCUCAAAAUUGAUGUAUUCCCUCGUGUUUUCCAACAAAAAUCAUCUCGAUAAUUUUCAUCCACGAAUAAUCUGAAAAAAAUUUUAAAUUUAAUGAAACUUUUGGUUAUUUUUUUAUUGAUUCAAAACGCUUGUUCAAAAUAUUGGCGUCCAUACGAGAGAGAGAGAGAAGAGACAAAAAGAUAGUGAAAUCGCGCGUGAUCUACAAUGCAUAAUUUAAAAACUUGCGGGACUAGGUUAGGAUUUUUUUAAAUUUAACAAAAAAAAAUAAUUUUGCGGUGUUUUAGUCGAAAAAUAAAAAAUAAUCGUGAGUUUACUUAAAGAAAGGUGUUUGGGAAGCUCUGCAGAUAAUUGUAAGCUUGUAGUGAAAUGAUUAUUUUUGGUUUCAGUUUUGGGAUAAGAUUUAAAAUCUAUAUAAUCUCUAGUUUUUUUGUGAUUUGAUAUUUAUUUUAUCCCACAUUCGAUCAUUUAUUUUGAAAAAUAAUUCGGUAAACUUUUGCUAGCCCACCUUUUUUUCACCCAUUCCACAUAUAAUUUUCAGAUGUAAAGCUCAAUUAUGACACCGUCAUCCACACAACAAAAGCUCCAGCAAACACCAAAAAAGAAGUGACUUAUGAAUUGGAAACUAACAAAAAAGGCGAAACUCGUGUCAAACUCGAUAUUUCCGAACUUCUCAAACGAGUUCAAAAACUUUUGUAUUCCUAUAAACCACCAGAAUUUCCAAAAGAAUUCACGAGUUUGCAAAAAAUGAAUUUGGCUUUGAUUGAAUAUCGAAGAAUCCACUCGAGUAAUAUUAUUACUGUAAGUUACUGUAAAAUCGGUUGUUCUUUUUUUUUGAAUUUCAAAAACCAAAAAAAAUUUUAUUCAGUUUGUCAGCGAGAUUAGUAUGCGUGAAAUUUUGGGAACUUCAAAUGACCAACUCAAAUCAAUCGCAAAGUUUUUGAUAAUAUCCGAGCCUUAUAAUCAUCUAUCAGUAAAUGACAAGGUAGGCUGUGUUCAGGCAGUCAGUUAAUUUUUUGAAAAUUAAAUUUUCAGAUGAAAAUGCUGAAAUGUAUUUGGGUACAGUUCAAGCGUUUGGAAAGAUACUGUAGCACCGCUCAUAUUUUUGGAAAACGAAUGUAUACGGAAAGGGUGAGAUUUUUCUGGAAGAUUUUUGUUUUAAAAUUUUAAUUUAUUUUAGAAAUAUUGAAAAUGCUGUGACUCGUAUUUUCAUUCCUCAAAAUAUAGGUUUUUUUGAAUAAUUUUCAAAAAACCCAAACUUCGACGUCAUAGUUCGUUUGGACUAAUUUUCAGAAAAUACAUGAAAAUGUGUAGGAAAAUAACUAUGACUAAUAUUCACGCAUGGAUUGGUUAAAAGGAGAUUUUUCAAACUAGACAUUUUUCAAGUUAAUUUCAAAAUAGCCUACAAUGAAGUACAACAAUCACAUCUAGCUUAACCCCGCAAUCUCUUCCCUCUCCAAAAAUUUGCUUUUUCCAGAUUGUCACAAUAAUUCCGGGUGUCGCCGCAUGCAUCGAUGAUCUAAAAAUUGAAGCGGCACAUUUCAUUUAUCGUCGGGCCGAAAGUAUGAAAUUCCAAAUGCGUGACUAUAAUGAAAAAAUGAUGGAAGAAGUGGCAAAACCAAUUGUUGAACUCGAAUUGACGCCAACGGAAAUUGCUUUUAUGCUGACGAGAAUGUCGUGGCAAGUUGCUGGUUUGUUUUCUUCUCUUCUAAACGUUUUUCAAUCAAUCGAAAUUCGAUCAAAAAUUUUCUAACGAAAAAAAGUUCAAAAACAAAUUCGAUCAGGUGAAUUGAAUUAUUUACCGCGUUAUGUUUCUUAUGAUAUCACAAAUGACAUUUAUGACAUAUAAACAACAUUGAAAAAAUGAUUAUUCUUUGAGCCAAUAAAUAAAGUUUUCAGGCAAGCAAUUGCAAGGUGAUGUUCUCGAGAAAUCAGAAAUUGCCCUCGAAAAACUUGACAACGAUUUGCAUUUUUAUUAUAUGAAUGAGGUGAAAGUUGUGAAUUAUGCAUCGAGAUUGAUCAAAAUUAUGAAUGUUUUAAGUUCUCUUCAGGUAUGCUCGUGAGAAGCUUAUCUUUUCAUUUUUUUGGAAAGGAAAAGAAAAAAAAAAGAAAAAAAGUUGUUAUUGAGAAAUUUGAAAUUCCAGAUAAGAAAGAAACGCGAUGGCGUUGAAACGAAUGUCUGAAAAUCGUUUUUUUUUUCUUUGGUUGGUUGGAAUUUGAACUUCAAGAUAAGAAACGUGGCUUUUUAUUUCUAGAAGAAAGAAAUAAGUUUGAUUCUGAAUUUGAAAAAAAAAUUGUGAUUUGGACCUCAAUUUUGAAAACCUGGAUUCAAAUUCGAAAGCUACAGUAACCAAAAUCAAAUUUCUCCCUUGAAACAUCAAGCAUUUAUAAAAUAUGUUUAUGUUUACCCGGAAAAUCUCGUGUCUGAUUUUUCAUUCCAAAAAAACAAGACCACGUUUUUCUCUGUCUAUUGUUCAGUUUUUCAAACAUUAAAGUCCAACCAUGUGACCUUUUUAUUAUUGAACAAAACAAAACUCAAGUUUUGCCGGCAUCUUCGAUUUUUUCGUAAUCUUGCGCAAUUCCCAAGUCAUAGACAAUAACAAUACCAGCAAUAAUUUCACAAGUGUUUUCAGAAAAUCCACUAUGAUCGUCAAAACUUCAUGGAUUUGAUUCGGAUUUUCGAUGCAAUAAGUGUUGAUGUUUCGGAUCCAGAAUUAUAUAAAUCAUAUUUCUAA